AUGACAGUAGGAGGAAUACGGACCGCAAAACAUUACCUAGGUGCAAUGGUGUUCUUUGGAGGACCAGCAAAGUUCUCUAUCGAAAAGAAAGGAUAG